CCCAGGAACUCACUGUUAGGGGCCGCGGACUUGCUCAUCACGCCCUCCAAAAGUAAAUUUUGAGGACCUGGGGGGAGCCGGAAGUACUGCCUCGAGAUCUCCAAAUACGAUCGGGGAAACGGAACUGGCUUUCGGUGGCAGGUUGGGGAGACCGGAAGUGACGGGAGCUGUUGACCAUGGAGCCCAGUGAUAGUCCCAGUACCGCUAUGGAGGAGCCUGACAGCCUGGAAGUGCUGGUGAAGACCCUGGACUCUCAGACUCGGACCUUUAUUGUAGGGGCCCAGAUGAACGUGAAGGAGUUUAAGGAGCACAUUGCUUCCUCUGUCAGCAUUCCCUCUGAGAAACAACGUCUCAUCUACCAGGGCCGAGUUCUGCAAGAUGACAAGAAGCUCCAGGAAUACAAUGUUGGGGGAAAGGUUAUCCACCUGGUGGAGCGGGCUCCUCCUCAGACUCAGCUCCCUUCAGGAGCGUCUUCUGGGACAGGGUCUGCCUCAGCCACCCAUGGUGGGGGACCCCUGCCUGGUACUCGGGGGCCUGGAGCCUCUGUGCAUGACCGGAAUGCCAACAGCUAUGUCAUGGUUGGAACCUUCAAUCUUCCUAGUGACGGCUCUGCUGUGGAUGUUCACAUCAACAUGGAACAGGCCCCGAUUCAGAGUGAACCCCGGGUACGGCUGGUGAUGGCUCAGCACAUGAUCAGGGAUAUACAGACCUUACUGUCCCGGAUGGAGUGUCGAGGAGCGCCCCAAGCACAGCCCAGUCAGCCACCCCCACAGACAUCAGCCAUGGCCCCAGAGCCCGUAGCCUUGAGCUCGCAAACAUCAGAACCAGCUGAAAGUGAAGCACCGGCCCGGGAGCCCAUGGAGGCAGAGGAAGUGGAGGAACGCGCCCCAGCCCAGAGCCCUGAGCUCGCCCCUUCUGGCCCAGCCCCCGCAGGCCCAGCAGCUGCUCCGGAGACAAACGCACCCAACCACCCGUCCCCUGCGGAGUAUGUUGAGGUGCUGCGGGAGCUGCAGCGGCUGGAGAGCCGCCUCCAGCCCUUCCUGCAGCGCUACUAUGAGGUCCUGGGCGCUGCCACCACCACCGACUACAACAACAAUCAUGAGGGCCGCGAGGAGGACCAGAGGUUGAUCAACUUGGUGGGAGAGAGCCUGCGGCUGCUGGGCAACACCUUCGUGGCCCUGUCUGACCUGCGCUGCAAUCUGGCCUGCGCGCCCCCUCGCCACCUGCACGUGGUCCGGCCCAUGUCACACUACACCACCCCCAUGGUGCUCCAGCAGGCCGCCAUCCCCAUUCAGAUCAAUGUGGGGACCACCGUGACCAUGACGGGAAAUGGGUCUCGUCCCCCCCCAACUCCCAGUUCAGAGGCGCCUCCCCCUGGGCCUGGCCAGGCUUCAUCCCUGGCUCCAUCUUCAGCCACUGUGGAAUCCUCAACUGAGGGGACCCCGCCCCCUGGGCCAGCUCCCCCACCAGCCGCUGGCCACCCGCGGGUCAUCCGGAUUUCCCACCAGAGCGUGGAGCCUGUGGUCAUGAUGCACAUGAACAUUCAAGAUUCUGCCACACAGCCCGGUGGUGUCCCGAGUGCUCCCACUGGCCCCCUAGGACCCCCUGGUCAUGGCCAGACCCUGGGACAGCAGGUGCCGGGCUUCCCGACAGCGCCGACACGGGUGGUGAUUGCCCGGCCGACCCCUCCACAGGCUCGGCCUUCCCAUCCUGGGGGGCCCGCUGUCUCGGGGGCUCUGCAGGGAGCUGGACUGGGUUCCAACGCCUCGCUGGCCCAGAUGGUGAGCGGCCUUGUGGGGCAGCUUCUUAUGCAGCCAGUCCUCGUGGCCCAAGGGACCCCCGGGAGUCCUGGAAGCCGGGGUCCUGAGAGCCUGCCGCCAGAGUUUUUUACCUCAGUGGUGCAGGGCGUGCUGAGCUCCCUCUUGGGCUCCUUGGGGGCUCGGGCUGGCAGCAGUGAAAGUAUCGCUGCCUUCAUCCAACGCCUCAGUGGUUCCAGCAACAUCUUUGAGCCUGGAGCCGAUGGGGCCCUCGGGUUCUUUGGGGCCCUGCUCUCUCUCCUGUGCCAGAACUUCUCCAUGGUGGACGUGGUGAUGCUGCUCCAUGGGCAUUUCCAGCCACUGCAGCGGCUCCAGCCCCAGCUGCGAUCCUUCUUCCACCAGCACUACCUGGGUGGCCAGGAGCCCACCCCUGGUAACAUCCGGAUGGCGACCCACACACUGAUUACCGGGCUGGAAGAGUAUGUGCGGGAGAGCUUUUCCUUGGUGCAGGUUCAGCCAGGCGUGGACAUUAUCCGGACAAACCUAGAAUUUCUCCAGGAGCAGUUUAAUAGCAUUGCUGCUCAUGUGCUGCACUGCACAGACAGUGGCUUUGGAGCCCGGUUGCUGGAGUUGUGUAACCAGGGCCUGUUUGAAUGCCUGGCCCUGAACCUGCACUGCUUAGGGGGACAGCAGAUGGAGCUGGCUGCUGUUAUCAACGGCCGAAUUCGUCGCAUGUCUCGUGGCGUGAACCCGUCUCUGGUGAGCUGGCUGACCACUAUGAUGGGACUGAGGCUCCAGGUGGUCCUGGAGCAUAUGCCCGUGGGCCCCGACGCCAUCCUCAGAUACGUCCGCAGGGUCGGUGACCCUCCCCAGCCACUUUCUGAGGAGCCAAUGGAAGUGCAGGGAGCAGAACGAACUUCCCCUGAGCCUCAGCGGGAGAACGCUUCCCCGGCCCCUGGAACCACAGCAGAAGAGGUCAUGUCCAGAGGGCCACCCCCUGCUCCUGAGGGGGGCUCCCGAGAGGACCAGGAUGGGGCUGCGGCUGAGACGGAACCUUGGGCAGCUGCAGUUCCCCCAGAGUGGGUCCCUAUUAUUCAGCAGGACAUUCAGAGCCAGCGGAAGAUGAAACCGCAGCCGCCCCUGAGUGAUGCCUACCUCAGUGGUAUGCCCGCCAAGAGACGCAAGCUCCGGUCUGACAUACAAAAGCGGCUGCAAGAAGACCCCAACUACAGUCCCCAGCGCUUCCCCAACACCCACCGGGCCUUCGCUGACGAUCCCUAGCUCUGUUCUCUGGCCCUUCCUCACCAGGGGAACACUGCCCCCUCCUCCUUCACAGUAUUUAAGAAAUAAAAGUCGGAUUUUC